AUGUUCUCAAAGUCGACCUUUUGCCUCGCGUUAAACGCAUGCCUGAACCUCGUUGCGACAGCGUCACAAGCAUUUUCUAAACAUACCGAGCACCCUGAGAAUUCCGACAAAGUCGCUAUCAACUGGACAGAUGCGUCCAGCGUUCUGGGCAGACCCGACACCUAUCUCGGAAAGCUGGCUGUACCCCUCGACUAUACGCUGCCCCAAUCGAAGAAUGACACGCUCACCCUCAACAUCCUGAAAGUCAAAGCGACAAAAGAGCCAAAACUAGGAAGUGUGUUGACAAACUGGGGUGGCCCAGGCUUGCCUGCAACAGACUGGCUUUUGCAACAAGCUAAUUAUGUCCUUGCCAUGACAGGUGGACAAUACGACAUCAUCGGUCCCGACCCCAGAGGCACUGGUACUACAAUGCCCGUAGCUUGCUACAACGACGAGAUGGAACGGAUGAUUGCGACCUUGCGAACACCCACGAGGACCAACUCUUCUGAUAUUGCGUUGGGCGCUGUCUGGUCUUACACCAAGCAGUACGCGGCGCGCUGUUUCCAGAACGAGGCGGUGAAUGGGUCAUUGAUGAGCACGGCGUUCGUUGCCAGAGACUUCAUGAAGGUUGUCGAUGCUCUGACUGUGGAAGGCGAGGAUGGUCUUCUCCGGUACUGGGGGAUAUCGUAUGGCACGUAUCUCGGUCAAGUCCUGGCUGCUAUGUUUCCCGAUAAGGUCGAACGAAUGAUGCUGGAUGGUGUUCUCAACCCGCUCGAGUAUCAGCAAGGAUGGGAGACCAGUCCAGCUAAAUCCGCACCAGUUGCCUUGGGACAGUUUACCAAACAGUGCAUCGAUGCUGGCCCCUCCUGUCUUCUCUUUCGCCCCAACAUUUCUUCCGACUCGUUGUACGACCAAAUCCUACACCUGAGCGAAGAUGCCAAACGCGAGCCAAUCGUUAUGGGCCCGAACGUCACAACGGAUAUCGUCACCUACGAGAAGGUCGCCGAGGCUAGUGACACCGCUCUGCGCAUGGGUCUGGCGUCCGGCUCCAACUUAGCUGGCUAUCUCAACAGCAUCAUGAUCCGCGAGACCCCGGAAUACAACCACACCCAGUACCUGAUCAACCGCUCCUUCAUCGUACAGGAUACAGCGAUCAAUGCAGACAACACCCAGCUCAUCCGCUGCUCCGAUGCCAUGUUUCGUGCCGACGAGCUCGCCGAUAUCAAGGAACGCGUCCAGCACAUAAUGGAGUUGGGUGAUUGGGACAGCGAUUACAUCAUCGGCUCGUAUAUCAUGUGCUCUCUUUGGAAGGUUGAGGCAAAAGAACGGUACGAAGGCGACUUUAAAGCGAGGACGAAGAACCCCGUGUUGCUAAUCGGUUCGCCGUAUGACGUCCGCACUCCGAUUUCUGGGGCUUAUGCGGCGAACAAGACGCUCGAAGGAAGUGUUGUGCUUCAGCACGAUGGUCUCGGGGUAAGUUGA